UGGGGUUUGGAAAACUUUGGUAAUACUUGUUAUUGCAACUCUGUCUUACAAGCUCUUUACGCAUGUCAACCUCUCCGACAAUUCAUAGAAGCUUAUCCUGAUGUACCCGCUCCAAUAUCACCCCUGGGACCACCACCGGGUUCGAGUCUAUUCGCCCCUCUCACACCAUCCGCUAGCGUCGGUAGUCCCGUCACAUCCAAAAGUCGUGGGGUUGUCCGACCUGACGACUUGUUGAAGACGGUGAAGAAGGAGAAUGAGAUGUUCCGUGGGAUGAGUCAGCAAGAUGCCCAUGAGUUUCUGGGGUGGUUAUUGAAUCAUGUAGCUGAGGAUGUGGAGAGGGUGGACAAGCAUCUGAGAGCAGAGGGAAGGGCACCGACAAUGGCGAAAGGGCAUGGAAAGACGUUUGUGCAUAAUCUCUUCGAGGGAGUUUUGACAAAUGAAACUAGGUGUUUGAGUUGUGAAAUGACCUCAUCUCGUGACGAAUCAUUCCUUGAUUUAUCGAUAGAUAUCGAACAACACACUUCGGUCACCGCUUGUCUACGUCAAUUCUCCGCUUCGGAGAUGUUGUGUCAGAAAAACAAGUUCUACUGCGAUUCUUGUUGCGGUUUACAGGAAGCAGAGAAACGUAUGAAGAUUAAACGACUGCCGAAUGUCCUCGCACUUCAUUUGAAAAGGUUUAAAUAUCAAGAAUCUCUAGGAAGGUAUACCAAGUUGUUUUAUCGAGUACCAUUUCCUUUAGAGUUACGAUUACCAAAUACCUCUGACGAUGCGGAGAAUCCCGAUAGGUUAUACGAAUUAUUCGCAGUAGUGGUGCAUAUCGGCAAUGGUCCUCAUCAUGGUCAUUACGUCGCUAUGGUCCGUUCAGCCGGUCGAUGGGUAAUGUGUGAUGAUGAAAAUGUCGAACCUAUCGAAGAGAAAGAUAUUUAUCGAUACUUUGGUGAUUAUCCCUCUGGAGCGGGAUACGUUUUAUUUUAUCAAGCUGUCGAU